AUGAGGGUUCUUUCCGCCUGGGCCUUGAUGGCGGCAGCCACUGUCAGCGCAAUGCCUCAACCACUUGUCAAGAGAGACCCUUUUCCAGCAGAUGGAACCGUUGUCGGAGGCGUUCCGCAUAGGCCCUUCAGGAUUAGAAGACAAGCAGCGGCACCUCCAGCCACUCCCCAGGGCAACCAGCUUAUCCCCGUGGUGGUUGGCGGACCUCAGGAUACCUUCGUACCGAACUUGAUCACGGCGCAGGUCGGCGAUGUCGUACAAUUUCAAUUCAGCAAUGGAAACCACACCGUCACCCAGAGCGCCGAGAACGCCGCAUGCCAGCCACUGCAAGGAACUGUCGCCACGGCUAUCCACAGCGGACAUAUCCCAUUCCAGGACGGACAGGCGAUGGUCGGAACUUUCAACAUGCCAAUCACAAGUACAGAGCCCAUGUUCUUGUACUGCGCCACGGGACCUCAUUGCCAAGAGGGCCAGGUGAUGGUCAUCAACCCUACCAAUGCGCAACAGGUCAUUCAAUACUCGAAGCUCGCUGCGGCUGCCAAAGAUAACGUCGACGGAAAAACGGUUGUGGGUGGAGCUGUUGGUCAGAUUCCUCUUGCGAAUGCCGCCUUUGUUCCUGCACCGGCGAAGGAGGGCGGCGGCGGCGGCGGCGGUGGUGGAGCCCCUCCUGCAGCGGCUCCGGCCGCUCCUGCUGCCCCAGCUGCUCCUCCUGCCGAAGCUCCGGCGGCCCCUGCGGCUCCUGCAGCUCCCGCGGAAGGUAAACCCGCCGAGCCGGCUCCGGCGGCCUAA